UUUUAGGGCAGAAACUGGCGCAGAGGGGCGGAUACACGGGGUCUGUAUCGUGUUCAUGAAUUUACGAAGGUGGAGCUGUUUGGAUGGGCGAUGCCAGAUUCUGCUGGUGAAGGUACCACUCGCAAGGCUACGCCAGCAUCUAAUGGCAAGGGCGGGGGUGCAGCGGUAACAGCAACAACCCUCUUCGACGACAUCCUCGCGCUCCAAACUGAAAUCCUCACCGCGCUAAAUCUCCCGUGUCGCGUCCUAGAGAUGCCCGCACAUGACCUCGGAGCCAGCGCCGCCCGCAAGCAGGAUAUAGAGGUCCUGUUUCCUUCCCGGAUGGCCUCCUCGCACUCCUCCUCGCCCACCGAAAAUGCCACUAGCAAUGCGACCAGCAACAACGACAUUGACGUGGAAUCAGGUUGGGGCGAGGUGACCUCCGCCUCCAUCUGCACAGAUUACCAAACCAGACGGCUAGGGACAAGGCUUAAGUCUGACGCUGGUGAUGGUGGUGCUGGGAAGUUUCCGCAUACGGUGAACGGGACGGCGAUGGCAGUCCCGAGGAUUAUUGCGGCGUUGUUGGAGCACGGGUGGGAUGAGAAGAAGGGGGUUGUUGUGUUGCCAGAAGUUCUGAGAACGUGGAUGGGGGGAAUAGGGGUUAUAGGGGGCAAGGAGGAGAGUUAAUCGAAGCUGGAAUUUAUUUAGGGGAACGGGUGAAGGGGCCUUUUGAGUUUGAGGAUGUAUGAUAUGUAGAUUUGUGUCAUAUAUACCAUGGAUACUGGGUGGGCGUAUACAUUGUAAAUAGUAGAUUCUAGGGAAUAUUGAUACUCAAAUGUACGAUAGAAGCAUAGAGUAUGUUUUCAUUCUAUUUCCCAUAUAUACAGAUAUUUUUAUCCAGAGUUUUAAAGAAAAAAUCUGUAUAUACAUACACAUUGAUACUCUACAUUCAAAACUCUCCUCCCUAUAACAUUCUGCCGUUUCAUAGUCUAGAUAAAUACAUACAUACAUACAUCGAUUACACUGUGUGACUGAUCAACUACCUGCCUCUACCAAGGUAACUCAUAUUAACUAUCGAUCUCCAUGCCAUAAUAUGAUAUCAUCAUGUUGCAUAUAUUAACAGGAAAUAGAAAAGGAAA